CACAGCUGCAGCUUGGUUAUCAAUCAUAUAAUCAGCUGACGCCUGUAAAGUUGCGUACACACAACAUACGUGGUCGUUUUUUGCGGCAAAGGUGUUUUUCUGUUACUUUUCCUGUUCUGUUUGAUGCAAAAUACAUUCCAAUUAGAAAAAUGUCGCUGAAACGUGAGGAUAUCUUGCUGCUCUUCGAUGUCGAUGGCACCUUAACAUAUCCUCGCUCUAUGGUUGAGCCUGAGUUCGAGGAAUUCUUCUACACAAACGUCAAACCACGGGCAACAAUUGGCAUCGUUGGCGGCUCCGAUCUGGAGAAGAUGUUUGAGCAGCUAAAUGGAAAAAAGAUAUUGAACGAGUUUGAUUUCAUCUUCCCUGAGAAUGGUCUUGUUCAGAUCGAAGCUGGAAAAGAAGUCGGAAAACAGAACAUCAUACAGCAUUUGGGCGAAAAGACCUUACAGCGAUUCAUCAACUAUGUGCUGCGUUAUCUCUCUGAACUUGAGCUGCCAAUUAAGCGAGGUACGUUUAUUGAGUUCCGAAAUGGAAUGAUGAACGUCUGUCCCAUUGGACGGCAAUGUACGCGGGAGGAGAGGAACAUGUUUGCUGCCUAUGAUGAUGAGCACAAGAUCCGAGAAAAGAUGAUUGCCAAGCUUAAGCAGGAUUUCGCUGACAUUGAUCUUACGUACAGUAUUGGUGGACAGAUUAGUUUCGAUGUCUUCCCACACGGCUGGGACAAAACUUUCUGUCUGCGUCACAUCGAAGCUUAUCACAACAACUUCAAGGAGAUUCACUUUUUCGGCGACAAGACUGAUCCUGGUGGCAAUGAUCAUGAAAUUUACACGGAUCCUCGAGUCAAGGGUCAUAAAGUUGCCACUCCCAAGGACACCCAGCGUAUUCUUUCCGAGAUUUUAAACAUUCAGUGAUCAAACCUUUUGCAUUUUGAGAAUGUUGUUAAAAAUGUAUUCUUGUAUUUUUACCAAAAUCAAUAAAUAUACAAUGCUGUUCGUAAAA